AUGACGAAACAACUUGCUCCCGGCGCCCGACUGGAGGGGAAGGUUGCUAUUGUUACUGGAGCCGGAUCCGGUUUCGGCGCCGCCAUCGCGCAACGCUUCGCUUCCGAAGGAGCCAAGGUCAUCGUGGCGGAUAUCAGUGUCGAAGGGGGCCAGAAGACGGCCGCCGCCGAUCCGGAGAAUAUUGUGUUCGAGCAGAUGGACGUGACCAAGGCAGCGGAUUGGAAGCGGAUUGUGGAGAAGGCGGUGUCGUUGUUUGGAAAGUUGGAUGUGUUGGUGAAUAAUGCGGGGACGACGUAUCGGAAUAAGCCGACGCUGGAAGUCACCGAGGACGAAUGGGAGCGCGUGUUCAAUGUGAACGUCAAGGGGGUUUAUCUGGGCAGUCAGGCAUUCGUGGCUCGGGUGAUUGAGCAGGGCCAGGGCGGGUCGAUCAUUAAUAUCUCGUCAACGGGAGCGUCGAGACCUCGGCCUGGGUUGGUGUGGUACAAUGCGUCCAAGGGGGCGGUUUCGAAUGCUACCAAGGGUCUGGCGGCUGAGUAUGGACCGCACAAUAUCCGUGUCAAUUCGGUCGCUCCUCUUCUCUCGGCUACGCCGUUGUUCUCCGUCUUCACGGGGAUGGAAAAUACGCCAGAGAACUGGGAAAAGUUCAUUGGAAAUGUGCCGUUGGGCCGUCUCUCGGAGGGGAGUGACAUUGCGAACAUUUGUCUGUAUUUGGCCAGUGAUGAGGGACGUUUUAUCAACGGGACGGAGAUGGUCAUUGAUGGUGGCAAGUGUAUCUGA